AUACUGCUGAAAAUUGUGAAAAGAUGUCGAAAAAUUCAAGCGAAUAUAGAUACGUGAUGAUGUUUAAGAGCGUAGUCGAUCAAGAGCUACUUCCAAAUGACUUCGAUGUUUGGACUAUAAAGGAGCAAUGUAUAUGGAUAAACAAAAACAUCCCGACAUUUUUUCCGAAUACACCGAAGUCGGCGCUGCAUUUAAUGCCAGCCUUCUGUCGUCUAACAAAUUGCAAACGGUCACUCGUGGAAACACCCGAAUGGUUGGAUAUAGAUAAAUAUCGCAAAGGGCAGAAAUUUGUGCGUGAAAAUUAUACCUCAAUUAUGAUUGGCACAGUAUUGGGCACUUUACUGCUGUAUACCUUCGAGGAGGAUCUAAAUCCAUUGAUCAUAACAAAGCGCAGUAUUACGCCGUAUUUAGCGCUCAAAAGGUAUUUCUCAAAUCUGCAACGAUUCUCUAGCUGGUAUAGCGGAGAACCUUGGAUUGAAGGAACGCAAGCCUAUAGAGACAUGCAAUAUACAUGUAAAAUGCAUUUCUUGGUACAAGCAAAAUUAUCUAAACUGGAUGACAAUCAAUUUGAGAGCGAAGCCGAAAUUGUGAAGCCGUGGUGUCCAGAUCACGAAUUACUUUUAAAAGAUUUCGCCGCGGUGUGCCCAUUUAAUCCACAAUCUUCUUAUCAAAUGAUUAAUAAGACACCGUACAAGUUGAAGAACUUAAAUAAUGCAAAUAUGGCACUUACACAAUGCUUUUUCUUAAGUGUAGUUUUGCUUUGGCCGCAAAAUAUUGGAAUACAUAAUGCAACCAAUGAAGAAAUCGAGGCCUUUUGCCAUAUGUGGAGAUGUUACGGAUAUUUUCUCGGAAUAGAGGAUGAGUACAACAUCUGCCGUGGCAAUCUCGAGGAAAUAAAGGACCGUACUCGAGAUUUAUAUGAAUUGAUGUCGAGUAAUUUUAAUAAUAUUACACCAAAAUGGGAACACAUGACGAGAUGUUUCAUCGAAUCAUUAAAUUAUUAUCCUUUGCUCUAUAUGCCUUACAAGAUGGUGGUAGUAUUCACUAUGGAUGCGAUAAAUAUAAGCAUGCCGCAUUUGUAUGCGUCAAUGAGUUACGCAGAAUGGAUUACUUAUAAAAUCUCCAGAUUCUUUUUUAGAUAUGCUUUUAAAUUCUCAAUCAUUCGAUCAAUUAUCAACAAAGUGAUAAAUAAAAUAUUUGACAAAGUGAUGAAUUUCAAUCCAGAGAAGAAAGCAGAACUUCAGGAAAAAUCAAAGCAACAGUUAUUAAAAUUUUCUAUGAAGCACUAAUAGCGAAGCGCACUUGUAGAAAAGAUAGAUACAGGGUAAUGAAAUAUUAUAAUAUCUUAUAUAAUUCGAGUUAAAUUCUAAAUAUUAUAUAUUAUAAAGAAAAUAUAUAUUAAGAGUAUGAUAU